AUGGCAGAACAAGACAGUUUCGAGUCUUUAGAGGCAGAAAAUCAUCGCCUCCGUCGCACGUUGUUGGUGGUGGUUUCGGAAAGAAAGAAAAUGGCGUCACAAAUUACGGGAGUUCAAAAUUUAGGAGUUCAGUUACAAAAGAAAGAACAAGAACUACGGUCUGCUUUGGAAAGAAUUGAACGGUUAGAAAGUUCUCUAGCGAGAGCAGAAAACAGAAUAACACAACUGAGUCAUCUAGCUGGUAAUAAUGGACAAACGGUCGCUGGUCAAGGCGCCAUUGUUACUCCUGGCGUAUCGAAGAAACUCUUAGAGGCUCUUACUAGGGAAAACACUAAAUUAAGGCAAGCAUUGGAUCAUUUAACGAACAGAGGUCCAAAUGGCGUGGAUUUAGCAGUGGUAAGUAUGUAGUAUCGUCAGAAUUACGUGGAACAUUUGAUUACGGGCGUGGAAAGAAAGCGAAAAAACGGGCAACAAGUAUUCUGGCUCCAUUAUUCGGAGAUUUUAGUGCCAAGAAAAAUAUAGCUCUCUUUUUUUUUUCUUUGGUGGAUUCAAAAUCGAAGCAUUAAGCAAUUUGAUCAUUUUCUUUUGUGUGGAUCGUAAGUGCUUUUUAUAAUAUUCGGGAAUUUUCCCUUUCCCUUGGCAUUUGAAUAUCAAAUUGUUGAUUUUGCGCACGCAUUUCUUAAAGUGCUUCUGCAAGCGUUUUUCAAUUUGGUGUUUUUUGCUCCGGUCUGCUGCCAACAAUGGAGUUCUCGGCUUUUCGCGCUCUUAAAUGAGGAAGCUGUAAAUAUAAAAACAUGAUUUGCAUUUUAAUUUGUGGCGUUUUUUGACGUUUGGAAACCGAAAGUAUUUUCAACAAGGAAUAAUUGUUUCGUGGUAGGGGAUUCCCCGUCAACCUUCUCGAGGUCUGAUUGGUCCAUAAAAAGAUAACGUCAGACUGAAUAGAGCACGUAGUUUAGAUUGCUUCAAGAUGCGUGUUGAGACGCGAUUGUGCAAGCUUCCUCACUUUUUCAAGACAUUUGCCUAAUUCAUAAAGCUUUCAUGCAGUGUAUUGUGCAGUUUUUUUGAUUAAUUUAUUAAAUACCAACGUAUUGGAAGACUAUGUUGUUCUUCCGUGGAAAAAAAAACAGGGUUUAAAUAGAGUUCUAAAGAGUGAUGUCGUGAAAAAUUAAAUUUGUGAAAUUAUUGGAUUUGUCAGCAUAGUGCUGAAAGAACAACAUCCAAGAGGCCUACUUGCCAAAAAUUAGCAUUUCGGUGCCAAUUGUCUCUGAGAUAUUAGCCUAGAUAUGCUCUGAUGACGCCGUACAAAUCCCUCUAAAUUUGACUUGGGUCUACCAUUCUUUACAUUUUAUUUUUAUGGCUUUGAGACUGGCAAGAGAUGGUAAGCUAUAAGCCGCCCUUAAUGCAAUUAAAAUGUGAAACUGCUGUCAGAUUAACAUUUCGUCUCUUGGAAACUGAAAACAUGAGCUUUGUUUGGUAUAUGGCUUAAUCGGGAAGUUUAGUAAAACUGAAACCAAAAAAGGUGUCAUUUAUCCUGGGAGAAGAUGCUGAAGGAAGCAUAACUUGAGACUUCAAAGCAGUUUUCCAUCAUUGCAUCAAAUAUUUCUCUUCAUAAACAAUGAAUAAUUUAUUCUUUAAUUUCAAGAGGACAAAUACAAUUAUUAUUUCUGUUGCGGGGCUUACAGUGUACUGUGCAUUAAGAUUUAUCGACACAUUUACAACAGUUACAAUAAUGCUACUUCACAAUUAUUAUUAUAUUUUUUUGUCAAUUAUCUUUAAUUUUGUUAAGAGUGGGUGAAACUGGAGACCUUCGUCCUUUCAAGGAUUAUGUUUUUGGCAGCUAAACAGAUGGAUGAUCUUAUUUCAUUAUAUAAUUUUACUCCUAGAAUUCAUAGAAAUUUGACAAGCAUAUAUUUUAAUAAUUGUCUCUCAUUUAAUUUCUUUAGGAAAACAGAGACCUUCACGAAAUAAUUAUGACACUUAGGGAUGAACGAGACAUGAAAAUUAAUGAGGUUAAUGAGCUCAAGAAUUUAUUGGCUGCUGUUCGAGAUCAAAAUACAGAGUUUUUGCAAAAUCAAGUCUUGCGUUUGACAGCACAAACAACAAAGCUUGAAAGGAACCUCAACGCCAAACAAGGUUUUCUCGAAACUAUAGUCACCGAAAAUGAAACUCUUAAGACGGAACUUCAGACGCUCAAAGAUGAAAAGAUUACAAGAGUCCAAGAUCUGAAGAAAGGACUUGGUGACCUUGCAAGGUCACAGCCAGAAGUCAGGCAAAUCAUGAACCAAGUGUAUGAUAACGAGGACGGCAAUUCUGAGGUAGCAAAUUAAUUUUUUGUGGUUUUAUUUUCAGGACAGCGUAACUAUCACCUUGCAGACACAUGUGAUUAUGGACAAUCCAAUCAUACAAACAUGAGUUACACUGUGUAUCCCCAGUGAAGAUGAUUUACAGAAUUGAGCCUAAACAAACUCCCACUAUUCCAGACUGAGUCUAUUAAGGACACUGACUCGUGGUCCUUAGGGUGUCUACAGUUACAGGAGUAGACUGUGAGCUAUAACCCUUGCCUCAGAGUCUGUAGGUCCUAAACUGUGGGAAACCAAGAUGAGACCAAAAUGUUGUGAGAUUAUGGGCAAAACAAAUUCUUUUUAUAAUCAACCAGUAUUUUCCCUUAAAAGUUAUAUAUAUAUUAAACUUGAAGAGUUUUAGACUUGUACACGUAGCUGUACAAAACACUUCUCCAGUUGUUAUCAUUCUUAUUCAUGUAUGUACAGCUGUAGUUAUUAGUAUGUACUAUUCUUUGUUAAUUCUUACGUGUAUGUUAUGUUACCUUUUUGUGAAGGAAUCUACAUCAUCUCAAGAGGUAAACAGAUUGAAAGAGGAAAACAACAAAGUAAGAGAAGAAUUACAGACAAAAAUAGAAGAGAAUAAUCACCUCAAAGAAGAACUUGCUAAGACAAUCGAAGAAUUAACCGUGUUAAAGGAAGUCAAUGAAAUUCAUAAUGCACAGCAGCAGUCGGUAAGUGUCUAAAGGGAGAUACUACUUGUAUAAUUUUAUUUCUUCCUUGAAAGGACAUCCUGGUACAGGUACAUCCUUUCAUCUUUCUAAUUGGACAAAUCUAUUAAAUCCGUGGCCAGACUCAAUCACAGACGUACUGCAUUGUACUUGUCUUUGAGGAAAAUGUGCAUGGUACAGCUACAUGUAUGAUAGGUGCAAGAUUUGCGGGAGGACUUUUAAGUUCCAUUCACUGCAGCAAUGAUUGUUAUUUCAAUGGUACCAAAAUUCACAUACAUGAACACUAAGUAGACAGCAAUAGGAAUAAGAAAUGGUGGGACAUUUACUUCUUAUUAAUUGAAAAGGGGCAUUUGAAUUGCAGGAGAUUGUUUGGGCAUGUCUUGAUGUUGUGAGCAAUGUUGAGAAAAUUGUAAAGAGCUGUAAAAGGGAAACAAACAAAAUUGUACUGCAAUAUAAAAUCACUUUUAAUGAAGGUUCAUUUUACAUGACCACACUACAGGAUUUCAUCAGGAGACUCAAAAGCUAGGUUUUUGUUUCUUGCCCCUAAGAAUCCUGGGAGUGUCACAUCUAGCUACACUGUACUCAUGCUUUGUUUUGACUCCUAGCAUGAUGAAGAGCGAGAAAGGCUUCUCCAGCAAUUACGAGAACUGCAGAACAACCUUACCCUCUUGUCACGUGAAAGUGAGGGGAAGCAGCAACAGAUUGAAGAGCUGCAGAUGGAGCAUGAACUUAUGCGAACUGCAGUAAGUAUUCCCUUUUUAUUUUUCUUUAUUAUAUUGAAAUUAUCUAGCUGUACAUAAGCUUUGUUUGCUGCUGGGCUGAAAGCCAUUACCCCUAAAGAUAACUUACAUGUGUAGAAAAGGCAAGAAUUUCAUUGACAACCAGUUAUGGUUUUCUGCAAAUUUUAGCUCAGACUCUCUAAUACAUUCUUUUUGUUUGCCUGAAAAGCAAGUGGAAGUACACUGUACACGGACAGUCAUGUCAAGAAGUCAACUCAAUUUUUAACAAACUUUAUGGUAGCAGUGAUAGGGUAUAAAAAUUAAUUGUGAUGGACUACAUGUAGUAGUAGUUCUUUCAUUCCAUGCACAUAUUCUUUCUUUAUGUAGAAAUUAAUCAUACUUGUAGGUUCACUGCUUUUCUCACUCUACAUCAUAUCUGUCUUUUGUAGCUUUCAGGUUAUGAAAAUGACUUCAAGAUGGAACGGCAAGAAAAGAACAAGGCAUUGUCAGACCAUCAGAAAAUCAUCCGAGAACGGGAUCAGGCCAUUCACAGCUAUGAGCAGCUAAAGAAGGAGCACAUUGGCUUGAGGCAGAACAUUGAACGCAUGUAUUCACAAGCUCAAGCACAACAGCAGGUGAGAUACAAUGACUCACUGUGUGAUCAAUUAUACUCAUAAGUUCUCUUUUACUUGUGCUUGGCCAUUGUGUGGACCAUGAAAAAUUACAUUGUACAUGUUCAGUGAGAGAUUCUAUUACAAGUACAUUAUCGGAUUUUGGACACACAAAAGAGAAUCAUUAUUGUUAAGACUUACACUAUAGUAGCUUUAAGAGGUGAUGCCAGUAAUAGCACAUUUUGUUGCAUUUAAGCCAAUCCUGAUUUGAAAUUAUAUUUUGGUCAUUUUAGGUAAAUUCUGUUCAAGGUGAAUUAAUCCAUGUGAUAAUUAUGGCAUGGUAAAGAAACCCUGUGAAUUUGAUGCAUUGUUUAUUACACUAAAAGUUUGUGUACAUGUAUUCUUGAGAGAUGUUUUUGUUCUAGAACUAUUUCACUUAAUCCUGUUUGUGUUUUUCUUUAGGCUCAAGCAGCAUACAGGCGACAAACAUCUGCUGCCCGCACUUGUGCAGCGCAAGUACAACAGCAACAACCAGCACUAAGGCCAAGGGGUUAUGGAAUGGAGGCAUGUGCGGAUGGACCAGGAGAUGAUUUUACAGAUUCACCAACCAGUCCUCUUAAAGAAAACCCAAAGCCAGCUCCAAGACGCUACUUAAGCCAGGGCAGUCAGCUUCAGUGCCCCAACUGCAAAAAAUUGUUCCCUCACGACUUGCUGGAGAAUCACAUGAGAGACUGUACUGGUGACGAUUAA